GUUCAUUAGCUUUUAACUAGAGAAGCAGAAUGGCUGGUGGUAAGAUUGCUCAUGCUACCUUGAAAGGACCUAGUGUUGUGAAGGAGAUAUGUAUUGGUAUUGCACUUGGCUUGGCUGCAGGUGGUCUCUGGAAGAUGCAUCACUGGAAUGAACAGAGGAAGGUGAGAGCAUUUUAUGACUUGCUGGAGAAAGGCGAGAUCAGUGUCGUCGUAGAUGAAUAAAUUCCUUUCAUGCUUCCAUUUGUUUCGUGGACAGCUCUAAAAGUAUUCUGAUUUUGAUGUAACUUUGUUGGCUCUGAGUUGAGCAUACUCGGAAGAAUAAGUAUUUUGUUCUAAGAUGUGAAGCACAUAUUUGGUUUUAUUAAAUGUAUGAAGUUUGAUUAUUCACAAGUCGCUUUACAUGUGAUUUUGUGGGGAAUGAUUUUAUUAUGCA